CGCGUAGGUUUUUUAUGAGGUCCAUCCGGGUGACGUCCAACGCUGGGAUGUCACCGUUGGCCCGCGUUGCACCUGGUCUCCCACUGUAGACGGAACCGCAUGCUAGGUGAUGUGGAGAUGCCAUAUUCAAUAACAGGGGUUGUUGGAGGUUCCCCCUUCACACUCUCGCAGCAUUUCCGUCUCAGAUUCCGUUCGUUUGCUCCGUUCGCUAAACCGUAACCCCUAAACCGUAACCCCUAAACCGUAACCUUUAGACCCCACGGCUUGUGUGGGUUGCGUCGCAGCUCAACUAACCGCUACAUCGAGCGAACAGUACAAUCCUUUGGAAAAAAGAAAACAUUGGUGUGUCUCUUCUGGAAAACAGACAGACAACAUCUGCAGCGGCUCGCUCUCAAUGGAACAUAUGUGAACGGAGACGACGGGCAAAAAACGAGGCAAUCCGAUUUGAUGAUACGUUGACCAACAAACAGCUGCAACUACAUAAGAACAUUGAAGGGUACUAAACUGUAAAAUCUAAGGAGGUCACUCGUCAAAAAGCGAUGAACUGAACCGAGAUAUUAAGGAUACCCACGAACACCAGCCUGUGACGCUGCUAAAAUGUUCACCUAUGAAAAAGAGCUAGAGAAGACAAGUACAGCAGGAGUCUUGAUACGAAGCUCCCAGGAGCCUGACACGCAUAGAUUGGAAUAUGAUGGUAAUCUGGCUGGUACAAUUGUCGAUGGAAUUUCAGUCGGGGAGUUCGCUGAACCUCCCCUGAGACUCCAGUCUCACACGCUACAGCCUGUAGGAGCUGGAGCUUGUACAGAAUUCUUUCCUCUCCUCAACACUUCGCUCUGACACAGAGCGUAUGCGUGUGACGGUGUCACAGAAUCUCAGCGUUCUUCCGAGCGAAUGGGUGACUUUCCGACCAGUUCAAGAUCAUAACCAUCAGUAAUUCAAAAUACAAUUAUCUUAGUGCUUGAUACGGUUCAUCAGCUGUGGUGCGUGUUAACGCCACAGGCGUGAAGUAUCAGGACUUCUCAGCUCCAUAGAGAAGCGCCUUCAUCGGCGGGGGGGGGGGCAGGCAACCAGUGACUACGCUAGCAAUUUCGGGGAACCUUAAGACCUUUGUGAACCCCGAAGCGGUUCUGCAGGUCUGCGUUUGUGUGUUGCAAACGUCAGAUCGCCACAGACGUCAGCGCCUGGAGAGGUUCACGAGGCGUUCGCAUACCUUGUCAUCGUCAACCACGAAGAAAAAUACGACUCCAGUUUACGAGAUAGAGACAACCGAAUUCUUCAUGACUGCUGGACACCACCAACCAACUGCAGUGCUUACAAGACAGCUACACGUGUUUGGUUUCAUUAUCGUACGACCGUUCGAUUACUGCAAAACGAUUAUGUUCUAGGGGUAAAAUACAAGUUACGGAUAUCCCAAUAGGAACACCAGAGUUGCCGGCGAGGUGGUACCAUAGCGCAGAUCAUCUUGUUGCCCAGAGGCAUGGUAAUCGCAUGGCCCGUGGGAGCGAUCCGUCGCCAGUCCCCUCAGAACGGCAACAGUCAGCAUAGAGCGCUCGGGAAUUCUAUUGAUCCACAGCUGCAGUUCACCAACCCAAGGCACGUGAAGUGGAAACACCACAUGAUUCCGAAUCAGGUGGUGAGUCUCCACCAACGCCAGGAACACGUUUCAACCUACCAUUAUGUAUGACUCUGCCCAACACACACCUUGUCCAGUACCAGGGCGGUACGGAAUGCGGUUCGAGUCGUCUUGGAGUCGAGCGGCCAGCACUAGAGUCGUGAUCAUUACGGAGCGACGAAACGUAACCCGAGCUGCAGCGCCGCCGCCUUCUGUCCACAUCGAAUCAACUGUUAGUGCCUGUGCUUCAGUCCGCUUAGCGUAGAGGGAACGGCACCUGAGUAAGUUGUUUCGAGCACGAUGUCCCAAAAUAGGUGUUUUGGCUGAACUGUGUCGACUUCGUUUCGUGGUGAGCCAUCAGUGUUGUGGUUCUGUUAGCGGCGCAGUCCAGCCGGCCGACGUCGUCCAAAAACAAAGGGUAACGAAAAAACACGUACCCCAGACCACUGUCGAUCACCAUGGUGAAAGCUCCUCAAGCGGCGUAGAAGCUACGCUGUCGUCUAGGUCGCUUUCGCUAACUCCUCUGGCGCAGUUGCCGCUGCAAGAGGCCCGUGGAGUCGCGUCUACCCGAUGCCAUAAGCCUUCCGCAAGUCUACAGGCCCAGAGGAAACGCACUCGCCAAUCACGGCAAAGGGGAGCGUCUUCGCCAACAGCAGUUAAACGCGCGCCACAGGCUUCAGGCGCACAGGUACCGGCACGUCCAGAACCAGUUCGCUCCAGCACUCUCCACCGCAGCCCAGCCCCCUCCGAAACGAAAGGUACCUCUGGUGGGAUCGAGGCACCCCCCUCCAAAAAAGCACGGCUCCUUCCUUAUUUAUCAGCUCAAUCCGCUGCAUCCCUGCCAUCGCCCCCGACUCUUGUCUCUCCGCUUGGGCCCCAGUCGUCGACGUCAACGGAGGGCCCGGGACCACCUCAUUUCUCAGCGCUGUCUCAGGGUCCGGGUACACCGCUGGAGGUUUCUCAACUGACCGCCCCUCCUCCCCUGGCACACCCCGCAACGUCUGCUCCUAUAUCUGAGCUGACUCGAUCUCUGUCGCUGCCGCUCAAGAAGCGGCCCAUCCGCGAAGCUCCAUCUGCGCUGCACACGUCGCCCACCAGCCCGCCUCGGAGCGUUUAGGAGCUCGGUCUCGUCGCCAUCCGAUCUCUUGCGACAUCGAGCACUGAGACUUCACUCCGUCAUGAAUCGCUACCUUCCACGACGCCGUCGGACCCAGGUCAGGCAUCAGCCUCUGUUGGGGGUCUCCAUACGCACCCUCGCUCUCAUCGAUGAUACCCCUUCCACUUUUCUCAGCAGGACCACCCUUAGCGACAUGGGUAGUGAGAUGUAAGCGAAAAUACGGUUUCGUCUGAUCCGGUUUCCGGCUUGACAGAAGAGAUGUGUGUAUCGACGACUCAGGAUGCACACCUCAUUCGUGGAACUUCCCGCCUCGGUCCAGCGUUAACGGAAAACCAGUCCACAAAACUACCUGGACGCGCGCAGACUCGACCGGCGACGAUGCUUCACAACCCCACACUAGUAACAAGCGGGAAUGUAGUGUCACACCUGUUACAUCAAGAGAACUGACUACCCCAGAAAAAGCUUAUAAAGAAUCCUGUCUCAGAGAUGAUUACUCCCAGUACGAUGGUACUGAUCAGACUAGCGUCUGAGUAGUAGUUUUCGGGAAGCAAAUUUGACGCAAGAGCACCGUUUUGAGUUGGCUUUUUUGGGGAGAUCAUGGACCUCUGUUUCAAGGCACCACACAUGUGCACGUAUCUGCGGGUUACAAGCUCUAGCAACGGACGACCAGGGACCAGAUGCUAAUAGAAUCCAGGUUUCGAAAGCAACUGGCGUUUAUUCCUGUGGGCCACACAGCCGUAGUGGAAGGGAGGUUCUGUCGCUGUCCACCUACGUGAGAGUUGGAGUGAGUUCUGAGUAUGAACUAGACCAGUGAUUCGAGGCAAGACCGGACGUCCACGGUCCCAGCGGGGACAGCCACUUGUGGACUAUGCACUGUAGGACGAGAAUCUAGUCAAUCUCAUUUCGCUACUCAUCCAUGUGCAUGGGAUGCAAGCACGUAGGUCCCGGCAGAGCAGCACUGAAAAAGAGUGUGGAAUUCCGACCGUCUCGCCGAUCGCACCGACGCCCCAAACCGAUCACAAACAUGCACGACACUGUAUGUAUGGUAACGCACGGACCACGGCUGACGCCACUUGACUGACCCGGUAUUCAUAAAUGCUUAUCAGAGCAGCUGGCUGCUUGUCUACAGCGAACAAAUUUCAAAAAGAGGCAUCUGCGUGAAAUCGGCACCGAGUCCGCCAAACGCGGUGCCUUGUGCAAUGCUCGUCGCACCUCGUCCUGUGGGCUGAUGCGCCUGUAUUUCCCCCUCAGCGACCACCCUUGUCGCUAAAGCGCUGGAGUGGUUGGUGUGGACUUGGUAAGUCGACGGGCUUCAGCCACGCUGGUCCAAUGUGGCACCUUGUUCGGGGAGCAUCUCCAGCAGUGACGCUGAGGAGCACCAGGCCAUCUCGACAAUCGUGCGAAUGUCAACACAUCACGCGCCCAGUUGCCAGCGGCUCACUGUUCAUGCCGGGAGGGAGUGAAGUGAGGCUGAUAGAGCGGUGCAGUCAACAGAGGCAGCACACACGUACGAGACAUCCAUAUCUCGCAAGCUACGUACCCAUGUGCUUCACCCCACCCCGAUAUGAUACAGAUGUUCGGGAUGCCAGUAUGUACAACGGAAUAUGCGCGGUCAACAACAGAGUCAUUGCUGCCGGUAAGCAGGCACCUGUGUGUGUUGCCGAUGAGGUGCCGUAUUGGAUACCCCAAAACAGCUCGAGCGAUGGGCCAUUCGUGCCGCAGCACGCGCACAAAGGAUGAACACCUGCGCUGUGACUGCACGUCUGCAUGCGUCUCGGAGACUCUGCUCUGCAACCAAUGUGUGCAACUUCCUCGCUCAGGAGUCGGGCGAGUACUUCCGGCUAUCACGACGCCUGUUCCCACUAAUCCUGUCUGGGAAAUGCGUUCCUCACAACCACUUCCUCGUCGACACAGACCCACAUCUCCACCCUCUUUCUAUGUUACAGAUGCGACAACUGGCUUGUAGGGUACCGGCUUGUAAUUGAGGAUGCCCUCACGGCAGCGGCCAUAAAAUUCCUGUCUUUGCUACCUGUCGCCGUCAAGGAGUAGUAAUCAAACACGUUGGAUCUCGACUGAUAGAACCCUCCUGCGUCCUCACGCUUCGACGAUGCGACAGGGCAUUACCUGCCAUCUUAAGCUCUUCCCGUCGGAACAUCGCCUGAAGUCAAUAUCGUCGGCAGCCAACUGAUGUGUCUCCUCUGCGUACGUACGUGCCUAUUAAAGCGCCACGGGAUGAGUGCCCAUCCGAAAUCGGGUGUCCAUGAGUGUCACCACCACCGAAAAUACUUGCUUUCCUUUCCUUGUCGGAGCACUUAUAAACGGGUAAGUCGAACCCAAACAUCUCCCGUUCACUGUAUUUCCACUGUCGCCUGUAGAAAUAAGCCGCCCUAUCGGAGACAGCGUCACCUCGGUGUCAGCUUCCUGCCACCGGCUGGUCACCCGUCCUACCCACUGGUCAGCCGCACCACCGGCUGGCUGUUCAACAGCAUCUCGCGCUCGAAUAUUUUUCGGAGUCGCCACCCGGUUGCUCUCAUCUGCAUGCGACAAAGGCGCUUCAAGAAGCCUUGCCAUACCUUAUGUCCUCAGCAUCGUUGCCAUCCAGACAUCGCCAACGUUGGCGGCACCAGCGGCUCACAUGACCCAUAUCGGGUAGCUGCCCACCAGGUGGCAUGUCAUUACGAGGCUCGCGGGGCGGCAAAUACACGUUCGAAUGCAGAAAGUCUUCCCCAUUUCUCUGUCAUUUCGCCAGAUAGCCGUGCUUUUGUUAGUCCGUCUCCCCCACACCGCCUAAACACCGGUAUCAUGCGCCUGCGUCGCCGCCUUGCCGGACAUUCAGUUCAGGUCUCACAGGGUUCGGCAGGUGCUUUGAAAUCACCAAAUGGUGACAUGGCAUGCGCUUGUAAGCAUAGCCGUCGCAGCAAUCAGCUGCUCGGUGGAGGAAAACAUUUGGAACCACUCCAACCUCUGCCGGAUCCGCGUAGCUCUGGAUAUCUUCCGCAACCUGUGGGCACCUUCCUCAACACUCCUCUUUCAUGGCGAACUGUGUAUCAGGGCAUUUGCUGCUCGUGCUCCAGGACAUGAUGAUUCGGCCAAGAAGGACCUCACCGGUCAACCGCUCCCCGUUAGUGAGGCAGAACUAGAGGCGGCACAAGCAUUGCUUGCGCUCAGCGCGCGUUCGGCAAUUGACACCUCUGGAACUCAAGAAGAGCCUGCGGCGUCGGCAGCAGCAGCUCCUCCAGGCGGACGCGGAGCCACACCUGGAGCGGCUGAUCCCAGCACGCAAUCAAGUCAACCUGUAGCCAGACGCAAACCGGUGAAGGACUCCGGAGUCAAAAGCUCUGCGCCAGGAGGACUAGGCCUUGCCCGUACGGUUUCAUUGGAGGGCCGUGGAGAGGUGACGUUUGGGCAGCUUGCGAUUGAGAAGCUGAGGAGGGAUGCGAAGACGCUUCAAGAGGAAUGGGGUUGUAAGGAUGUGUACGUCAAAAUGGCUGUUGGGCGUCGCGUCUUGAAGAGAUGUGCUGCCGUUACACGGUCACAGAUAACGCGCAUGGCUAUUGAAGCUAGACACAAGUAUGAGAUACGCUCGCCUGCGCAACUUAGACAGGCCGCAGAACUGGAGGCGCUGGCGAACAGAGUAGCAGCGAUGCUGGAGGCAGCUGGGGUGGACGUCUCAGGCUCUGGGGGAAGCAGCGCGUCGCGAUCCGAAGCGAGUGAGCGAGCUUCCAGAAAAGAUGGAGAUGGACUGACACCAGCUGCUGCGUCCGAUACCUCGACUCAUGGGAGUAGCAACGGCACCUAUCUGCAGGUGGGCCUCAGCAAGCUAAAAAAGGAAGCUGCUGAGUUAAGGGAAAAACUGAGUGACAAAACGUCCUUCAUUGUGCAACAAGCGGCUGUUCGUCUGGCGCAGUCCACAAACGUCGACCCCACAGAUCGUCGAAUAGACCAAUGGUUAACCCAAGCAAGAGCACGCUAUUAUAACAGUAGUCCGCUUUGGCAACAAAAAGCGGAGAAACUUGAGGCUCUGGCAGCUGAAUGGGAGAGACAGAUUGCUACAGGCGCCGUGACACCCCUUCGUCCCGUCGAAGGCACCCCCUCCCGCAAGAAAGCAAUUAAACAAGCCGCAGGGCCAGACCCUACGGCGGGGCGUCCAGUGGCGCGUGGUCGUGGCCGCCGGAAACGGGAACCAAGAGACGAAGGGGCGGCCAGUGCCGUGCCACCUGAGCUAUUGGAGAGCAGUGUGCCUCAAGUCGAAGCGCAGAUGAGCUCACUCCGUGGUACAUUCUUCGGCAGCAAUAUUGAUGUGCCAGGGCAUGAGGCAACCACCUAUGUGCAACUUGCCAUCGACAAGAUGAGGCAAGAGGCUGACGCUUGGGAGAAGAAGUAUCGCAGCGCCGCUGCGUUCGUACAGGACAACCUUGCGUGCCGCAUGCUCCAAGAGAAUAAUAGAAAUCCGCCUCCAGAUACAACAAGGCGAUGGAUGACGUUAGCGGCACGCAGGUUCUCGUAUCGCGGAUGUGUCAGCCUCCAGGAGGCCGCGGAUUUGAGACGCGCUGCCGACAAUCUAGAGAAGGAGGCGGCAGCGGCAGGAGUGUUGAUACGGACAUCCCAGGAGCCAACUGCUCCGCCUUCGGAAUCUGCUGGUCCUUCGCAAGCCGCACAAGCAGAAGGAAUGGCAGGCGGACCACGCAUACGGAUACCUGGGGAAGGCGACGCCACGUUCGCACACAUCGCCAUUGCCAGCUUACGGAGAAGGGCAGAGAAGAUACGAGCGCUAUGGGGCUGUGGAAAAAAGAUGUACGUAGCGAUCCAGGUGGCACAUCGUGUAGUGCGUACCGGACAACCUUCGCCGUCCGAAAGCACGCUGAGGGUGUGGAAAACUGAAGCAGGAAACCGGUAUGAGCGACGGAGUUCCGAAAAGCGGAAGCUGGCCGAGCAACUAGAAGCUCAGGCGUUGGCUCUGGAACAGGAACUUCACAGCCUCCUCUCGUCAGCACGCGCCCAUGAGGCAAGCCCACCGCCGGUUUCCGAAGAGACUGCGGAACAGUCCAGCCCGGGUGUGUCGGGCAAAAGAAAAGAGAAACGGAAACACCUGGCCCCGAGCAGCUCCGAGCAACCUGGUGAAGGUUCCUCGAGCGGCGGAGGACUCCGGGUGCCUAGGUCACUUUGGCUAACACCUGUCGCCGCAUUCCGCCUGGACGCGCCUAGCAGCGGCGACGGCGGUGAGGUCGCAUCCAGUCGACGUCUUGAGCCUUCCACGACUCAAAAGGCCCAGAAAAAGCGUGACUGCCGAUCACAACAAGUGACUGCGUCUUCUUCAACAACAGUCAAACGCGCGCCACAGGCUUCAGGCGAACAGGUACCAGCACGUCGAGAACCAGUUCGCUCCAGCACUCUCCACCGCAGCCCAGCCCCCUCCGAAACGAAAGGUACCUCUGGCGGGAUCGAGGCACCCCCCUCCAAAAAAGCACGGCUCCUUCCUUAUUUAUCAGCUCAAUCCGCUGCAUCCCUGCCAUCGCCCCCGACUCUUGUCUCUCCGCUUGGGCCCCAGUCGCCGACGGCAGCGGAGGGCCGAGGGCCGCCUCAAGACCCGACGCUGUCUCAGGGCUCGGCCUCCCCUCAGGAGGUUUCUCGAUUGACCGCCCCUCCUCCCCUGGCACACCCCGCAACGUCUGCUGCUAUGCGUGAGCUGACUCGAUAUCUGUCGCUGCCGCUCAAGAAGCGGCCCAUCCGUGAAGCUCCAUCUGCGCUGCACACGUCGCCCACUAGCCCGCCUCGGAGCGAGCAGGGGCUCGGUCUCGUCUCCAUCCGACCUCUUGCGACGUCGGGCACUGAGGCUCCACUGCGGCAUGAGUCGCUACCCUACACGACGCCGUCAGAGCCAGGCUCGACAUCAGCGACUGCUUCUGGUGGUGGUCGUCUUUUACAACCUCGCCCUCCAGAACGCCGGUGAUGUCUCGUGUCGUGCAUCACAACAGGGCCAUCCUUAUUGGGGGGGAGGGUGCCGGGUUGUGGCGAUUUUAUGGUUGUAUUUUCUGGUUUCCAGUUCGACACAGGAGAUGUGUGUGCCUACAAUGCUGCGCCUGCAGAAAUCCUUACGCGGUUAGUCUUGUCUCUAUCCAGUUUUAUCCGGCAUCGGUGCAUGAGACUGCCUGGAAGCACAACCUCGACAGACGGCUAGGUUCGACACCCCCACACAACUAACAAACAGAAGGUAGCGGCCGCCGUGCCACGUGACAGUGGGUGGCGAAAUACACAUUUUACACACACGCAUGUCCUCGUGGUGUGACGUUUAGAGGGUGAAGUUCCGAUAUUUAUGUAUGUCUGUCUGGCCGUUAUAUGCGAGCAUGUGUGAUAUAUGAGCAUCCUUCUGAGUUUGAUCCCUUUGUGCAGUGUCAGGUGCCUCUGUGUUGCAAGCCAACACGCUCAUCUACUUAUCACCCGGGCGUGGCCAGCCCUAAAAGCUGGCGACGGGGAACCAGGUGUUAUUGGAAUCUGGUCUUCGACGCGUGCCGCGUUUAGUAGUGUGUCACGGAGUCGGAAUGAGAGGGAGGCUCCGUCAGUGGAAAUAUUUGUGAGAUUCGAACUGGUUUCUGGAGCUGAGGUAUACCCGUUACUGGACCAGAGACUGCACCUCAGUGGUCCCCACGACGAGAGCUUUUACCAUUUGGGUUUGGC